AUGGAAACUUGUGCUCUAGCCCCAUUCGAUCACGCUAAAGCAGACGUCAUCUUACGAUCAGCUGAUGGCGUUGAGUUUCGAGUUUUCAUGCUCUUCCUCUCCCUUGCCUCUCCGUUCUUCGAGACGUUGUUCGGCCUCCCUCAGGCACCUGAUGGGGCUGCCGAUCAAGAGAUGAAGGAUGGUUUAGCAGUCAUCGCCGUGUCUGAGGACAGCAAAACUCUAGAUUCGUUUCUCAGAUUUUGCUAUCCAUCGACGCUGGCAGAGGAUCCUUCCCUUGACAACCUAAUAGACGUCCUCUCUGUACUCGCAGCUGCGAGGAAGUAUUCACUAGACCUGAUCGAGACAAAAGUGUGUCAGGCUCUAACGAAUCCCAAGGUUCUCGAAACAGAUCCCCUUCGCAGCUUCGCCAUUGCGAGGAACGCACGGCUCAAACAUGAAACCAUCACCGCUGCCAGACACAACUUACGGCAACCCUUGAUUCCUGCGUUGUUUGCAGAGAUCGACCUUAUCACCGCAUCCGACUUACUUGCCCUACUGACAUACCACAAAAAAUGCAUUAUCGCCGCACAAGCCCUAAUGAAGGACUUGACAUGGAUGACAGAUCAUUACGGCAGUCAGAAUGCUUGCGGCUGGCUGUUUGGUUAUCAACCCCACUACGGCAAUCAAUACUGCUGCGGACAGGGCACCGACAAAAGAUUCUUUCCUUGGGGUAACCCUCCACUUACAUGGUGGACAACGUAUAUGCAGGAGUUAUAUGAGUUGUUGAUGGAUAGUCCAUCUGGCAAUACUGUCAGGACAGCAACGGAUAGGACAGUCCAACAGGUCAGAAGUGCAAACUGUUCUACUUGUUCUGGCCGGGUGAAAGAAGCGAUGGCGGAGUUUGGCGACUUGCUUGCUCUGAAAGUCGAAAAUGCCGUCGCUCCGGUAUGUACCUCGCUAUACAACACGGACGCAUGCUGA